GACUAAGGGACGGACGGGAGGGAGGGAGCGAGCGAGUCCGCAGGCCGCUCCUGCAACCAGGCCGGCAGCCCCGGAGGCGCGCAGCUGAGGGCCGUGGGGAAGAAGAGCUGAUUUCGUGAUCUAAAUGGACGCAAUACUGAAUUACAGAUCAGAAGAUACAGAGGAUUACUACACGUUACUGGGAUGUGAUGAACUGUCUUCGGUUGAACAAAUCCUGACAGAAUUUAAGCUCAGAGCCCGGGAAUGUCACCCUGAUAAGCAUCCUGAAAACUCCAAAGCUGUGGAGACUUUUCAGAAACUGCAGCAGGCAAAGGAUAUUCUGACUAAUGACGAGAGCCGAGCCCGCUAUGACCACUGGCGAAGGAGCCAGGUGUCGAUGCCAUUCCAGCAAUGGGAAGCUUUGAGUGACACGGUGAAAACGUCAAUGCACUGGGCUGUGAGAAGUAAAAAAGAUCUGAUGCUGGAAGAAUCUGACCAGACUCAUCCCAACAAGGUUGCAAAUGAAGAAUGGAACGAGCAAAGAGAAAUAAAGAAAGAGGAGCUGGGUUCCACCACAGAGAAAAUGGAGCAAAAAGAAUCUGAGUCCCUGGAGAUGUCACUUUCCCCACAAAAUCCAGAUUCUUCAAGUUUUUCAGACAUGAACUGUGGGCACCUUCGUUUCCGCUGGUCUGGGGAUGCUCCUUCAGAACUCCUGAGGAAAUUCAGAAACUAUGAAAUAUGAAAUAUCCCUGAUCCGUAGAAGAGAGAAUGAGCACGCAAGACCACCUUCUGUGCUGCCAACAUUGUCUUUGUUGAAACCUUAAAAAUGUCAUGUUUAUAUGUCAUGUUUGUGAAUCGCUCAGUACUGAUGGCUUGCUCCAUCCUUGAACCCAUUCUCACAAUGUGUUUUUUAAAAUGAGAAAAAUUUCAGAAGACAAGUUUCUUUCAAUAUUUGAAUAAAUUAAGGCUGUUAGAUCCAGAGUAAACUGUAUUAUAUGUGUUUUCCUGUUAAUUAUGUUAUUUCUAGAAAUCCAUUUAAAAAAUCGAUCUCUGUAUUUAAAUAUUUCAUUGACGUAUGGUGAUCUAUCUCUGUUAGUGCUGGAUGUAAAAGAAAUGUUUUCUGACCCUGGACUUAAAAUGAAAUGUGAAAUUACUUGCCUAAACCUCAUAGAACGAUAGAAAUAAUUUUCCCAAAGUUCAUAAUGAAUUUAUAAUCCAACUGUAUUUUGAAAAUAAUUUCAAUAGGUAUGUCGGCUUUAAUUUUAAUAAUUGUAAACUUAAGAGGUUAUUAUGUAUUUGAGGAAAUACGUUUUGCCAGAUUUCUUUUGUUAUAUAUAGCAAGUGAUCAGAAAUUUAUUUUCUUACAGUCUGAAGGCUGUAAGUCUAAGAUCAAGGUGUCGGCAAGUUUGGUUUCUUCUGAGGCCUCUUGCCUUGGUUGGCCGAUGGCUGGCUGCUUUCUCAUUGUGUCCUCACAUGGCCUUUCUCUCUGCAGCACAUGCCUGCUGUCUCUUCUUAUAAGGACAUCAGUCAUAAUGGGUUAGGGCCCUGCCCUAACAGCCUCCUUUUAACUUAAUCACCUCUUUAAAGACUUUAUCUCCAAAUAAUGUUACAUUCUGAGGUACUGGAAAGUGGGACUUCAAUAUAUGAAUUUUGGGGGAACUCAAGUUCAUAACAUAGGUGACAACUUUUUUUUUUUUUUUAAAAUAAAUGCAAGCUUGUGUUGAUUCCCUUGAUUUUAUUUGAAUUUCUACUGUUUUAUCAAAUACAAAAGUCAGGGCCAACUGUUUAAAGAAUUAUUUCUAUUAAUAUUUUACCAAUGCAAUAAAAUGUGAUUUGGCAUUGUUACCAUAUCUGCAAAUUUCACUUCAAAAAUAAAAAAUACAUGAAAAAAAAUGAAGCAUGUUAAAUUAAUAAAAUGAGGUUUACAACUACAAUUGCCUGUUAUAAUGCCUGCCUGGCCUAGGUAGGCACUCAAAUAAAUACUAGAUUGAAUAAGUGAAUUUUUAAAUCUAACAAUCAGGGUUUUAAUUUUUUUUCCUCUUUUCUCCCCCCAGAUUGUCUGAUUUACAGCACCGAUGACUUAAUGACUUGUCGGGGGGAAAACACUCCCACUUCCAUGGUCUACUCUGCUUUUGUUACAGAUGGAUUUCUAAAUUGUGAUAAGACUGAGUGUGCCAGUUCUUUCUUACUUUCCUCUCCCAUGAGGCCUGAAGCCUCCAAAUAAGAAAUGAGAGAGCUCCACUUGAAUGGGCGUUUAUGAUGGGUCACGUUUGUCCCUAGCACUUUGUAUACUUGCUCCCAUAUAACUUAAUAGGAGGGAGACCUUUUAUUCUUAAACAGAUACUCUCCUGAAGUCAAGGUUCAAAAAGGAGGGGACAGUGCUUUCAUAAUACAGUUUUUCUCUUUGAAUGAAAAAUAAAGAGAAAACUGGACUUUUCUUCAAUAAUUUGUUUGAAUUCCCGUAUGUCCAACACAAUCACAAUUGUAUGUAUGUGUAAUCGCACAUUUUCAAAGCCAUUUAUUUUUGGACUUUGGCUCGACUUCAAGACAGAACAAACCGAUUAUGAAAAGAUUAAGUUACACAAAGGAUAUUAUACUCUUAAUUCAGCCCAAAAUGAUGAAGACGAUUAAUUUCUCUCAUAUUUGAUAUUGAUUGAUUGAACGAAUGAAUGAGACACAUUUCUUGAGAACAUUAUUAUGUGGUAAAUAUUGUAUUUGUGUAGGAUAUAAAAAUACUUGUCAUGUUUAUGCUCUCACAAGUCGUUGAUAAUGUAGUGAAAGACAGGUUAUCUGACUUUCGUAUUGUUUUAAAGGAGCAUGCUGAAUUAGUGUAAGUAUGUAAUGUGCUUAGAACAUGCCUGCCACAUAGUAAGCACUAUGUGUACUAGUUACUAUUCUAUGUAAUUAUGUGUUAAGUCUUGUGAUAAUCAACAGACUUGUGGCCUCUCCCUCCUCAAUCCCUUUCCACCAAUUGUCCAUCUCAGAGGCACUGUUUCUUGCAUUUCUUUCCAUAGACAUCCUGUGCGUUACACACAUGUGUUCCUGUUUUCUUUACACAAAUGGAGGCUUACUGUUUACACUACUGCACACCUUCCAUUUUAUUCAGUUAAUCUUGGAGAUUUUUCCAUUUUGAGUACAUCAGUGCUACUUUAUUUUUAUCUGCUUCAUGACAUUCCAUUGUGUGGAUGAACCAUAGUUUAACUUGUCCUCUAUUGAUGCUUUUCAAGGUACUUACAGGUUUUUUUUAAAUCACAACACUAUAAUGAAUAACUUUAUA